CCUUGGUAUCAACACUGACGUUUAAGAAUCUUGCUCAGAAUUUUUAAAAUUCUUUAUUCCUUCUUUUUCUCUUGUAACUCUGUUUAUACUGAAUGAAGGAAACAUAACCCGUAACCUGGAAGUUUUCCAUCAAAGGAUUUAAAUAAUUCUACAGAGAACAUGGGAAUCCUGUACUCUGAGCCAAUCUGCCAUGCUGCGUAUCAAAAUGACAUACAGGAGGUCCAGCACCUUCUAAAAGAAGAUCCCAAAAAUCUGAAUGUUAAGGAUAAUUGUGGUGGUGACACUCCCCUAAUCUGUGCCUGCAGAAAAGGUCACAUUAGAAUGGUCAGUUAUCUACUGGCAAUGAAAGCCGACGUGAACCUCAGAAAUAAUAAAGAAAGGACGUGUUUGCACUAUGCCGUAAGAAGAAAAUUUACAUUCCUUGAUUAUCUGCUAAUUAUACUCUUAAUGCCUGUAAUGCUGAUUGGAUACGUCAUCAUGAUAUCAAAGAGCAAGCAAAAUGAAAGAUUGAUAAGACUGCUGCUACAAUCCGGAGUGGAUGUCAAUGCUACCGAUUAUAAAGGAAACACUGCUCUCCAUUAUGCAUCUCGAAUGAAGAACCAAGCUGUAGUACCGAUUCUUCUAGAAGCUCGUGCCGAUCCACAUUUAAAGAAUAAAGAUGGAGAAACUCCAAUACAGAUUGCACAGAGACUGAAAUUUUCAAAGAUUUUAUGCAUGAUGAAGAAAGAGUCAUAAUGUUUUUAAUACUCGCGUAUCUGUAGCAAUUGUUUCUAUCUAUUAUUAAACUGGGAUGUUUGCUGGAGUUUAUAACAUAUUGCUGGUUGUCUAAUGUCACAGCAGGCAUCAAAGGUAGAAUAUAAAUCGUAUUCAUCCUUCACUUCUCAAGCGUAAAGCACCUUAACACAACUUUCAAGAGAAUAAUUAUUUAAACAGUGAAAUUUAACAUAGAAAACAUUUUGCUCAACAUAUGGGAUAAAAUUAACAUUUUGCAACAUUUAUAAAAAAUUUUUUUUUUUUUUUAUUGGUGCAAAAAAAUCUCCAAAAUAAGAGUGUUUGCCCUACAAUUUGGUUUCAUGUCCCUUUAAAGGCUGGAGUUGAGAAACACUGCAGUAGUGCAUUGCUGCUCCUUCAACAAAGGCUACGAAGAGAAUGAAGCAAAUCUGAUCAUAGAAAUGUUUGGGUUUUAUGUCCCUUUAAGUCAGAUACUUUAUUUUUUAUUGAUUCUCUGUUUUUGUAAUAUUCUAAAAGAAAUUAAAUGGAAUUAUUAUUAAGCA